GAGGAGGAGGAGGAGAUGUCCGCCGAGGAAGAGUUCAAGGAGGAGAACCAGAUUCCCAUCUUCCGUAAAUUCUGGGAGCGGGUCUUCGGGGGCUAUUUCGGUUCCUUCGAUGACGAGACGAGCAUUGGUCCCAUGAGGUAUACCUCUCAAUCCAAUUUCAGGGAUGGUAUGCGUGAGCAGACAUUGCAGAUUUUCUCCAUCAGAGUCAUGGACCCAACAGAUGGUCUCGAGUGGCCACUGCACGUCCAUGGAUAUGUUGCUGCCAGAGACACGAUAGAUCAUAAACGCAACUAUCUCUUCAGGCGCACACGGGAUAACUUCCAAACCCUCAACCAGAAUGAUCCACUUUUGCAGUUGACAGGUCCAUCCCGUGCAGUUGUGUUAGUUGAUCCGAUUAUGUUCGAAGUUGAGCUAAAAGUGAAGGGCAAAAGAGAGUCUGAAGAUGAAAUGUUGGCUUUCGGCACCUUUGAAGUCCGGGAAAGUUCUCAUGGUAAAGAUUGGUUUCUUAGAUGUGAAUACCACCAGCGUUGCACGCUCCAGUAUAAGUUUGCACUGCUGCCUCGCUCUGUUGAGGCCACUAUCAGUGUCAGAAUUGUUGAUGGGUCAUGGCCGGAUAAUCAUGGAGGAGAAGUCCUUUGCCUUACCUCCGGUGUAGAUGAGAAGGUUGUGUUACUUGAUUCUCGUGAUGGUGAAAUGCCAAUCAAUUCAAAUGGUGCGUUCGAGCUUUCAAGGCGUGUUGUUUCUGUAGAGUCAGGCAGGAGGUUGUUGGUUGCUGUGGAUGCCUCUCAGACUGGUUUUCUUGCACGAGGUACUGCAAUCUUCAAACCAAAAAAUUUGGCAUGAGCCACGGCACGUGUGACCUUGAUUCCUGCAAGAUAGAAGUUACUGUUGCUUGGUCUCUUUUUAAUGUAUUCGCAAGGUAAGGUAGACUGUCUGGGAAAUGCUCGGUGGUGCGCGAGAGUUGUAGUGCAGGUUCUUUUUCUAUAAUAUCUUUUAGUAUGAUAUUUCAAAGCUGUCCAACUCUGUAUUUAGCCAAUUGCAUUGGCAUUGUUGCUAGGCUGUUGAACUUCUUCUUUAUGAUCUUGUUAUGAUGCUAGAUCGAACACCCAAACAUGUUUGGAAAGAAGAAAGGCUAUAUUGUGCAAACUCUAGUAACUGACAUGUGAAACAGAUGUGAUGUUCCUUUUGGUUCCUUACAAGAGAUGAGACAAUUGUGGUGGCA